AUGCUCACCUUCUCCUUUCUCUCUCAAUGUCGUCACUUGCUGCUUGCUGCUCACAGUGUCUAUGUCGCCUGCACCAACGUUGCCUCCCCAACUGCACCUCCGCCUCUUUUCUGCGAUGACGAAUUCGCUCAAACCACGUCUUUGCAUCACAACAAUGACAUUGAUCCAGCUGCACCUUUGCUCCGCGAAAAAUCUGCACUGCUUCUGCUCCACGAUGAGGAAUCUCCUAUGUCGUUGGCCACCUCCUCCAUUGCAAGAAGAGGCUUUUCGUUCGUCAAUGGUGGUUGAUAAUAAUGAUGGACAUGUUGGUGGUGUUCUUGCAAAUGAAAAGCUUUCUGGAAUUGGGAUAAUUGUAUUGUGUUAUUAGUUUUUAGACUAAUGAAUUAUGAGCUAAUUACUAUGGUACUUGCAUGGUUAU